AUGUCCCCAACACCCAGAUACAACGUAACCAUAGCGUGCGAUUAUUGCAGACGCUUAAAAACCAGAUGCCAAAAUCUCGAUCAAUCUGCUAAGUGUAGUAAAUGCAAAGAGAAUAACGUUGAAUGCAUUUAUCGUGUUUGCCAAGGAAAACGUGGACGCAAACCUAAACCCACACCCCCUUCCAAUGAUGAACUUGAUUCAUCUCAGGAAGAAAUAGAGUUUGUUGUUAAUGAUUAUGAGUUGCCUUAUGAUUCAACUCAGGAGAAAAUAGAGCUCGUUGCUAAUAAUAAGGAGGAAAUAGAGCUUGUUGCUAAUUAUCAUAAGUUGUAUGCGAUGUUACAUGAUUUAUCUCAGCCCGAAGAGCUUGUUGCUAAUGUUCAUGAGAUGUAUGAGAUGUUAUGUGAUUUAUCUCAGCCCAUUGUUAAUGAUUAUGACUUGUCUCGUGAUUCAUCUCAAGAGCUCGUUGAUACUGUUCAUGAAUUGUUUCGUAAUUCAUCUCAGGAGGAAAUCCUUACCUCUACCUCAUCACUACCAUGUCCACAUGAAAAUACUGCAGGCCAUUGUUGCCAUAUGGGAUGCAUAAUAAGAUAG